UAUAGAGGAAGAUAUAAAUACAUGUGAAAGUUUGAAACAAUAUGUUCAAUGAAAAAAUAUACCUUAACUUUAUGUUUUAAAAAUUGAUAGCCACAUAUAUUAUAAUAUAUAUCAAGUUAGAAUUAAAAACAAAAUAUUUAUAUAAAAAUAAAUGAAAACAAAAAUUUGCGCGGUUGCACCGAUUGAGAUCUAAUUUGAUUAAAAUAAUACUCUGUUCUUUGCUUUGUUCCUAUAAGUCCAGUUAGUUUUUAUAAUUUAUUAUUAAGAUUAUAUAAAUCCAUAAAUUUAAUACUAUUAGCCCCAACCGUAAUUGUAAUUUGUUGACUAUUUUUAUAGGAAUAACGAAUAAGGAUACGUAACUCUAAAAGUAAAUCUUAACAAUACACAAUUCUUUUUAAUUAACAACCUUCUGUUUUGUGCGUCCAAUAAAUCUACUUUAUUAAAAUAGAAACUAGAUUUUGACCCGCGCUUGAAAAGCGCAGGUUUGUUUUUGUAAUUAAAUAUAUUUAAAACAAAUUUCUAUAUAAGAUAAUGUAUAAAUUUGAGCACAUUUAUCCAAAAAUACAGACCAAUCCGUACUAAACUGAAAAACCAAAAUUGAACUGAAUUGCAUAAAUAAUAGAACAAACCAUAUAUCUAUGACUGAAAAAUUGAAACCAAACCGAGAACCAAAUGAGUGGCUGAAUUUUUAAAUAAAAAUUAUAUAUUUAAAAAUAUUAAAUAUCAUAAAAAUACUAUUUAUAAACCGGAUAACCCGAAAACUUGAAUUACCCGAAUAUUUUUAUUUGGUUGAUAAAUAAUUUAGUUAACCAAAAGUAUAAAUUAUGUAUAUAAUUAUUUAUUUAAAAUAUAUAUAUAACUAUUUUAAUAUAACACAUAGUAUCAAAACUAUUUUCAAAAUAAUAUUAUGUUUUAAAAUAAGUAGAUUUUGUUCUAAAACACAAUUCUACUGCUAACCUAUUUUAAAGUAUCGAUAUAGUGUUAAUAAAUAACAAUGUGUUUUUAAAGUUUUUAGAAGUUAUUACUAAUCGAUUUAUAAUUGGUUAGACUAAAUAUUUAACAGAACCAAAGAUAAAUAGCCAUUUUCUGAAAAUAUAGGAGAUGGAAAGAUUGAACCGGUUUUAUGUAGACCAUAAUCAUACAUAUGGAUUCGUAUAGGAAUUGGUUUGGUAUUAAAUAAUACAACCAAUUUGGAAUAUUAAGUUGUGACAAACAACGUUUAGUUUAUGAAUGAUAAUGUUGAAGUGUUCAUAUAUAUAACAUGGUUAAUGAGAUUAGUUUAGUUAAUAAGGUUGGUAUAAAGUAAUUGUUGAUCUAUGUAAAAUAUACAAUUUUUUUUACAAUGGAUAUUGUAUUAUGUUUAUAGUUUCCAAAAGUAUUUACUAUUAAAUAAAUCACAAGUAACCAUUACAAAUAUAGGGUGGACAUUAUUUAAUAAUAGCAUAAAAUAAUAAUGAUGGAAUAAUGUGUAUAGUGUAAAUGUAUAUGUAGAGAAUUAGGUUAGUAUCAUUUUUAUGACUAAUUUGUUUUUAAUGAAGAAUAAUGAAGUUAGUAGUAUGAGAAAUAAUAGGAAUUCUAGUUAAAUGAAAUGGUCCAACUAUGACUUGUUUUAAGUAGAUUUUUUAGGAUUCCUUCCCUUUUAAUAGUAUUGAUACAAAUAAGAAAUAAUCUUAAGACUUACAACUUAAUUACAAUACAAUGUCAUUGAAGUAAUUAAUAAACUUAAAUCUAAAUUAAUUUUUUUCCUAAACCUAUUCCACAACAAAUUCAUGAUAAAUAUUACACUUAAUGCACAUUAAUACUAUAAACCUUAAUAUAUGAAGUAGAAAACUUCUUUCCAUAAAUUUGUGGGUAUUAUCCUCUAUUAAACAAUGUUUAUUACAUUUUUUAAAAUUUUAUUAUUAAUAAAAUCAAUUAGCAAUAUUUAAAAAGUUUAAAGGAUAUGCCGUAUUUGAGAAUAAAAAUUUAAUAAUGAGAACAUAUUUAAAAAGAUCCAUUCUACUUAAUAAUUCUAAAUUUGUGCCUAAUUAAAAUUUUCAAAUAACCAAUUUGACUAAUCUAUUUAAUUGACGAUAUUUUUUAGAUUUAUAUAACUAAAAUUCUAUUAGAAAAUUAUUUUAAAAAAUAUAUAUGAUAUUACAUAUGUUCAAUAGAAUUUUACCUUAAAUUAUUGUUUUUAUUAAGGAUUUGAAAUAUUAGAUUUGGUAAUAACAUGUACAUUUAAGUAUUAGUAUUAAAAAAAAUAAAAACACCUAAGAUUUUUCUUAUGAAAAAAUUGUAAUAGGAAAAGUUUCAAUAGAAUAUUCUUCAAGUUUUAUAUGUAAAGAAAAACAUUUAGACAAGAUAACAAUGGUCUAAAAAAAGAAAAAAAAGUUCAUAUAAAAUAAAAAUCCUACACAUAAUAAAAUUUUAAGUCAAUAAGUUAAAAUAAAAUUAAUUUGAUAAUAAUAUAAAUACAAGAAAUGCAAUUACUCAUUCUAACAAAUUACUCAUUUUAAUAAGUAUAUAUAAAUAUUUUACUAAAAAUGCAUGACGAAUAUUUACAUAUCGGAUUGAGAAUUAAAAAUUAAUACUACUUAUAUAACGGGUUGGAAAUUUAAAUAUAGUUAUCAUUGAUGACCAAAAACCUAUCAAAACAUCUCAAAUAUUAUUUUCGCAUAUAUAUGUUAGUUUAUGGAAAACACACACAUAAACUAAAAAUAUAUAUUUUAAUUAUUAUGCGUAAUGUCAUAAUAAAAAAUACAUAAUACGUGAAAAAAUAAAUAAGUAUUAUAUUUUUUUGUGACAGCUAAAUAAGUAUUAUAUUAUUUAUAGAAAACAAAAGUAUAUUCUCAAAAAAUGAAAAAAUAGUUUUUUUUUAUUGGGAACCCAAAUGUUGUAAAUAAUUCUUUCUAACGCGUAUCAAACCUGACCAAUGAAUGAUUACUAGCAUUUCCUUUACCACUAGCCAACUCGAUAUGGGGUAAAUAAAAAUGAAGUCGGUUAAAUAAAAACAAAUAUUCGCGUGAUAUUUACAUUUACAGUUAUAUAAAUCAUUUUACUUUUACUAUUAGUAGAAUUAUGUAACAGCAAUAUAUGUAUUAUGUGAUGUAUUUUUAUCACCAUAUUAUUAUAAUUUUUUAUAGAUUAUAUAAUGGUAUAAAAAAUAUUUAGUUACAUUACGUAAAUAAAAAAACAUCCACCCAGUCGAGCGGGUUCAGCUUUAGUAUAUAUUAUAAGAGUAUAUAGUUCCUUGCAUUUUUAUAAUAUAUAAAAAUCAAACAUAAUGAUGCUAUGUACCUUUUAAAGUAACUUGUAUUGUUUUUUUUCUUCUAAAUAACUGAUAUUGUAAGUUUAUCUAAAAAACUGAAACAUGGUUAACAAUUUUCUUUUAACAAAUUUGUCCAGUCUAUCGGAAUCGAUUGAAAAAGUAGCAUACACUCAUACUAAACCGAUUAGAGUUUGCUCAAAAAAAAACCGAUUUAGAGUUUUAGUGAAAUCAAUAAUCAAGACAGCAUAUAAACCGAAUUUAUAUGUGGCAUAAAUUAGACGAAUGAUUCAAGUUUAAUUUUUGAUGAUCAAACGCAAACCAAAAUAACAUGUAAGAUCAUUUAUAAAUCUGAAUCGAUUUGAAUUACGCAAGUCUCACAUACUAUACCGGUUAGUGUUUUGGUUAAACCAAAAUCACAAAGCUAACAAACCAAAUUAAUAUAUGGCAUAGAUUAGAUUGGCAAUCUCAGUUUGUCGUAUAAAACAUCAACUAAAUCAAAUAUUUAAAAGCAUUUUUAAAAAUAUUUCUCAUAAAAUUAAUGUAUGUAAUCGUGAAUACCAUUUUUAGAAAAUACAAAAUAAUCUUUAAUAUAAUAUUCAGAGAUAAACACAAUUUUAAUAAAAACACCCUUUUGGUAAUAGAAAACAAUUUUUGACAUAUAUCAAAGCUAUAUAAAAAGAACUUUCGGUGUCAAUAGAGUCUUUCUCAAAAUAUGGUCAAUAUUUUGUUAUCUUUUUAUAUAACGUAAUUUCUUUUUUUUGUGCAAUUCAACUAUACAAGCCGACUAAUUGACUACUGCGGUGACAGAAGUCGACUUAAAACCGCGGUAAUACGGAUAACAUAGUCAAAAACAAUACUGAGAUAUUUAUCUAUGUUACUCCUAUUAUAUAGUAUUAAUAUAGGUUCUAUAAUAUGUAUGUAUCAUGUAUUAUCAAAUACUACAAUCGGGAACCUAUAAAAAAUUGAACUUCGUAUCCGAAGUACUCAUCCCUAAUUAGUAGUAUACAUUUCUUGUGCUUACUCUAAUUAGAAUAGUUAAUUUCAUUAAAGGGAGGAUAUAGAUUACCAACACGCGGCAGUUAAAUACGGUAAGAAGUCGGCCACAAAAGUAUUUAGACCGAGAAUUGCCGGUGACUUUAAUUAGUCUGCUAACUACACAUUCUCGUCACAGUUCCCUACACAGUCUCCCCUUAGAUUCUUUUCUUCCCCAGUUCUUCCUAUUUUCUGUAAGUUCUCUCUUUUUAGAAACUCUUUUUAUUUUAUAUUAAUAUUUUUUAGAAAUAGCAGCAAAACAUUUUUACUACCGUUAAUACCUUUCCGUUUUCUAUUCUUUUAAUUCUUUCGGAGACAAGACCACCAAAAAAGCUUUGAACCACUAAUAAAUAUUUUCUCUGUUUCAAAAUACAUAAAGUUUUAAGAUUAUGCAUAACUAAUAAAAAUUAUUUUUAAUCUUAAAAAUCAUUCAAAUAUAAAGUAAAACUUAUUCGACCAAUCACAAAACAGUUUAUAAAAUAUCAUUAGUUACAUAAUUUUUAAUAAAAUUAAAAAACACAUUAAUAUGUAAAAACAUAUCUAUUUUAAAACACCAAAAAUCCUUAAAACAUCAUCUACUUAGAUGAUUACUAACACUGCAAUUUCUGUAGGGUUUGCAGUUUAUUUGAUUAUACGGAAUUAAGUACUUUAUUUUAAAUCAUUUUCUUUUGUAUCUGUUUGUUCGUAUUUCAUCGAUUUCUGUCUUUCAUGUGUACUUCUGUCUGUUGUCUUUAUCUUUUUGAAUUUGAAUAAGUAGAUUAAUAACAUUAAGUACGUGAAAAUGCUAACUUUUCAGCAAUAAUAUUCUAGUCAUACAUUGAAAACAAUCGAUUCAAUUUUCUGCUGUUUUGUUAAUGAAUUGGAUGCUUCAUGUUUGGUAAUGGAAUAAACUAUUCUGGUUUUCCAGCUCUUAUUUUAUUUUUUCAGAUGUUAUAAAAGUUGUAAAAGUUUUGAGUUUUCUUUGUUAUCAAUUAAUCUAUGAGGUAUUUAAUAAAAAUCGCAAAAUGGUCUAACAUUUUUUGUUGUUCUCUUGAUCCUGGACAGAGGAAAAAAGGAAACCAGUUUGGCGAGAAAAUGUCAUGUAGAAAAAUAACAGAUGUUUCUGAAUUUCGUUUCUUAAAAAAAAAUUAAAAGAAUUUUAUUUAUAUCUUUUACUUAGAAAACUCUUGUAGAAUGUACGGUUCUAUGCAAGAUCACUGUAUUUUCGUCAUCUGAUUAUUCUUCUGCUUUUAGUUUAAGACUCUUAAGUGUGGCAGACUGAAACUCUGAGUGAUUCAGUCUGGACGAAAGCCAUAAAAGGAAGCUUUCUUUUUAAUUUUCAUUUUCAUUUUCUCAGUCGUAGUCUCCUCGUGAAAAUAUAUUUACAGAUAGAUUCUUAAUUCUAUUUAAAUAAAUGAUAAAAGUAAGAGAAGGAUAUGGCAAUCUAAAAAGUGGAAUAAGAACUUUCCAUGUAGCAGACCUACUACACCUGCUGGAUUUUGGUAUAUAUGUAUAUUUAUUAUUUAAACGUGUAGUUAAAUUGAUAAAUUGAAAUGCUGUUUAAUUAAGUAGCUUGUGAUAUGUGCUAUUAAUAAAGUUUUUCAUUCCAACAUGUAUAUUCUUACUUUUAAGCUCAAAUCCCUUCUUAUAUAUCUAACAUUUGAAUUAACUGAAAAAGCCAUUAGAUUAAAUAAAGUAUCAUAUAUAGUAUAGGUGUAUAAAAACAGUUUCAUACUCAAGUAAAUUGAAGCAGCACGACGAAGUUCAAUAUCUGUUAUACUUCAUUUGACAACAUAAUAAAGCAGAUAGUACAUUUGAGAAAAACUAUAUAUAUAUAUAUUAUAUAUAAUAUUUUGGGCAUAGCACAGUGAAUACUAAACUGUUUGUGGCAUAACAAAAUUUCACUUGUGAAAUCAAGUUUCACUUGUGAACAAAAACAGAAAUCAAGUUUGGUUGUUGUCAUACAAAAAAAAAAUCAAGUUUGGUGCACAUGCACAUAUUCACAUAUACAAUUAGAAUACCUAGAUACUGAUAGAUAAUAUAAUAUGACAUUAAUGUUAAUGGAUGACACAAAGGCAUGCGAUUAAACAAAGGGCUGGCUCCUAGCACAAUACAAUCUCCUAGUGUGCAAAGGACAUAAGCAAUAAUAACUUUUAAACUUAAAUAUAAUGUUUAUGUUUAAUUUGAAUUUAGUUAAUUAACAAGGACUCUUCCUUUUGACGGGUGCGAAGACCGAUUAAGCGGUCAACAGAUUUUAACUCGGGGAAGCAAAAACAAAUUCCCCCGCCCCCACCAAUUUCACGAUAUUUUAAUUUACUUCAUACUACUUCCUAUUAACAAUUAGACGAAGAUAUUUUAUCUUGUACAUCUCUUCUGCAAGUUUCUUUAUUUGAACGAAAUUUCACGUUAACUCUCUCUCUUUCCAUAUGUGAUUUAAAUAUUAAUAAGUUUGCUUUUAUAUUAUUUCAUGAACGUACACAUGCUUAAGAGAGAAUUCGGGGAUCUACAAUAUUUAUCGCCUCUUUACAGUAACCCAUUUCCUGUAUUGUAUAAAUUAUCUUUGAUUUAUACGUGAAUGUAUGCAUGUAUGUUUAGUUAUAUACGUAGAUGUACAUUUAAACAGAUUGGUCAAAUGGUAAUUAAGACUAAGAGGUAAUUUGCAGAGUGGGAAUGCUGGGCUUUGAGGAGUCAUGAAUCGCAUUAAACGAGGACGUGAGUUCCCAUAAUCCUAGUGGGGAUUUAGAGAGAGAGAGAGAGAGAGAUGGAGAAUUGGAGAUAGAGACUUAAAUCUGCUUUUAUAAAACUUUAUAGCAUUAAUUAUUUUAUGUACAAUGAAAUUUAGUUUGCCUCUCUUAGGGUUGGAAUUUUCCGGUUGGAAUCUUGGGUUUUGUCUUACUACAUGAAACUGAGAUAUCUCUUAUUAUACUUUUGAUGUACUUUAAGAGAGAGAUAGAGAUGUUAUAAUAGUAAGCCACGCAGAUGCGUACAAUUUUUUGUUUAAAACUACAUUGUGGUGGCUUACUGAUUUUCACUAGAGGAUAAAUUGCUUUGUUGGUCCAGGUCAGAGAUCGAUUUCUUUUUAGUGCGAAAUUAUUAGUUUUAUAUGUGACCAGGCGAAUAUAAAUCCAUGCUUACGGUUUAUUUAAAUACCCGGGAGAUGAUCCGUCCGUGGAUUGCACUUUCUAUCUGGAGAUUAGGUAUGUGUCUUUAAUAUAUCCCUGUUUAACCUUUUUAAGUUACGAAAAAAGAUUAUAUGCAUGCAUAUAUAGAGUAUACUAUUUAUACAAACCGUUACGUGCCAGACCUCGUUACGCUGUUUUUCAUUGCAAAUAUCCAUUACUACAUACUCUCCCUAUAUUCGUUUCAAUAAAAUUAUCCUUGAAAGAUUAACAGUUUCAACUUUCAAGGCUCAAAAGAACAAAUUUAACUGUUUCAAAAUAUAUGUGGUUUUCUAAUUGUAAUGUAUUUUUUUGUCACAGACACUUAUUCUUACAAUUGCCAAAAUUUAUGACCUAAACACGCACUAAUAUGUUUAGUUUUAGUAUAUUUAGUAAGGUUACGAAUUCUAGUAAAAAGUGUCGAAGGGAAGAAAUAUCUUUAGAUAACGCUGUUUUAACAUAAUAAGUGUAAGUUUCGUCACCGCAUCAUAAUUCAGAUAUAAAUAAAAUACGAGUGUGUGUAUUGUAAAAUGCUGUCCUAAUACUUAACAGGUCGUAAUGGUCAUAUAAGAACUAUAAAACAAAUAAUCACAUGAAAGGGAUACCGUAUUAUUAUUUUUUUCUCAAAGCCAUAAAUAUUAUAUAUCAACUCUUACAAUAAUAUUCUAAUGAGAUAAAAUCCAUUUAAUUAAACGGGUCUCUCAAAGCUUCUAUGGCCUUCCUCUGUAUUCAUCUCUCACAAAUAUCUUCUUUUUUUGUUAAAACCCUAAAAGUAUCAGAGUUUCCAGAUUUUAAAGAGAGAGAGACUUCACCAAUAUAUAAAGCAGAAGAAGAUCUCGACCUACAUAUACAUAUUCUCCAAUCUUUGGAAAGUAGUCUUGAUCAUUUAUUUCUCUUUCCCCAAUCCUUGAUUGUUGAGUCUUCCUUUCUUCUUUGAUUGGCGUAGAGCUUGGUAUAUUGAUUAUACCAAAGUGGGUAGCUGCAAUAAAGUGAUUGAUUAACCCAAACACAAAACAAACAGAUUUGACUCAAAAACGGAAAAUGAAUUCAAACAACUGGCUUGGCUUUCCCCUUUCACCAAACCAGUCUUCUUUGCCUCCUCACGAAUACAACCUUGGCCUGGUCAGCGACCAUAUGGACAACCCUUUCCAUACACAAGAGUGGAGUAUGAUCAAUCCACACGGCGGAGGAGAAGGAGGAGAGGUUCCCAAGGUGGCUGAUUUUCUCGGUGUGAGCAAACCAGACGAAAACCAAACCGACCACCUCGUAGCAUACAACGACUCAGACUACUACUUCCAUACCAACAGCUUGAUGCCUAGCGUCCAAUCAAACGACGUCGUCGUAGCUUGUGACUCUAACACUCCUAACAAUAGCUAUGAGCUUCAAGAGAGUGCUCACAAUCUACAGUCAUUGACUUUGUCCAUGGGGACCACCGGUGGUAAUAACGCCGCAGCCAAAGCUUCGCCGUCGGAGGCCACCGGCGAUAACACUAGCAGUGGUGCACUAGCCGUUGUUGAGACGGCCACGCCUAGACGUGCUUUGGACACUUUUGGACAACGAACCUCGAUAUAUCGUGGUGUCACAAGGCAUCGAUGGACCGGUCGAUAUGAAGCUCACCUGUGGGAUAAUAGUUGUAGAAGAGAAGGCCAGUCUAGGAAAGGAAGACAAGUUUACUUGGGUGGGUAUGACAAAGAAGAUAAAGCAGCAAGAUCAUAUGAUCUAGCCGCACUUAAGUACUGGGGUCCCUCGACUACUACUAAUUUCCCGAUAACUAACUACGAGAAAGAAGUAGAGGAAAUGAAGCACAUGACGAGACAAGAGUUCGUGGCGGCUAUUAGAAGGAAAAGUAGUGGAUUCUCACGAGGCGCUUCGAUGUAUCGAGGAGUUACAAGGCAUCAUCAACAUGGAAGAUGGCAAGCAAGGAUCGGCCGAGUCGCCGGAAACAAAGACCUCUACUUGGGAACUUUUAGCACUGAGGAAGAAGCAGCAGAAGCUUAUGAUAUAGCCGCGAUAAAGUUCAGAGGACUCAACGCAGUGACCAACUUCGAGAUCAACCGGUACGACGUGAAAGCCAUCCUAGAGAGCAGCACUCUUCCCAUAGGAGGAGGCGCGGCUAAGCGGCUCAAAGAAGCUCAGGCUCUUGAGUCUUCAAGGAAACGCGAGGCGGAGAUGAUAGCCCUCGGUUCAAGUUUCCAAUAUGGUGGUGGCUCGAGCUCAGGAGGCUCUGGCUCCAGCUCAUCAAGGCUUCAGCUUCAACCUUACCCUCUAAGCAUUCAACAACCAUUGGAGCCUUUUCUAUCUCUACAGAACAAUGACAUCUCUCACUAUAAUACCAAUGCUCUUGAUGCUUCCUCCUUUAAUCACCAUAGCUAUAUCCAGACGCAGCUUCAUCUUCACCAACAAACCAACAAUUACUUGCAGCAACAAUCGAGUCAGAACUCGCAGCAGCUCUAUAACGCGUAUCUUCAAAGCAAUCCGGCUUUGCUUCAUGGUCUUGUCUCUACCUCAAUCGUUGACAAUAACAAUGGAGGAUCUAACGGUAGCUACAACACAGCGGCAUUUCUUGGGAACCACGGCAUUGGUAUUGGGUCGAGCUCCACCGUUGGAUCUACCGAGGAGUUUCCAACUGUUAAAACAGACUACGAUAUGCCUCCGAGUGAUAGCACAGGAGAGUACGGUGGUUGGACUGGUGAGCCUGUUCAGGGGUCGAAUCCUGGUGGUGUUUUCACUAUGUGGAAUGAGUGAAAAUGGAUCUGUUUCUUGCGGCACAAGGAAAUAGGUCUGUAUUAGUAACUAUUUUAUCGUUAUUCUGUUUUUCUUUCCUAGUCUUGGAAGUUAUAUUAGAAGGGACUUUUGGUAGAAGAAUUUAGGUAACGCAACUGGUUCAUUUAAAAUUUACGGCGAAGGUGUUGAUUCUCGGACACUGGUUAAAUGGUUCUUGAGGGAGGGUUUUAUGGGUACUCAGUUGAGUUUAAGAGUACCCAAUUUUUGUUUGAGGCUAACCCUUUUGACUAAUUUCCAAACUUGUAGUUCAUUUAUUUAUAAUCUAUAUUUCCUCUA